AUGGACUUUCUACCGCCAUCAACAGUUUCCAUCGCGAAAGAACUUCAAGCGAUUCGCAAGGCGAUUCAAGCGCCUAAGAAAGAGUUGGAAGAUAAGCGAAAGAAGAAGAAGCAAGAACGCAAGAGGGGUAAAUCUGAGGAGAGUGCAGCAGAAAAACGGAUUCGCAAUAGCAGUCCGACCGAUGGUAAUGAGAAGGAAAACUGGCGCACCUCAUGGGACAAUAAACUUACACGCAAACGCCCACUCGAGCCAAAUCACACUGAAAACAACGCAGUCAAUCGAGAUCCCAGGCUAAGAGUUAAAUCGAAUGAACAGCUGGGCUUCGGCCCAACCAAAGUGAAGCCGACACUCGCAGUGGAUACAGAUUCGGACGAAGAGUGCGUCUAUCUUCGUGACGACCAGAGGCGUUUCAAUGUGGUGAAACAUAAGUUGUUCCAGGUAGAUGAAUUGCCAGUCCCACAGCCGGCAACAGAAAAGCUGACAGAGGCAGAGAAGCGACAGUUGGCCAUGAGUCGGGCCGAGAAAGUGCUCAAACUGUUUGAGCAGAAAAGAACGGGCGCACAGGAGGAUGAGUUCUUUAUGGUAAACACCAUACGCAAAGUGCCAGAAAGCGACUCCCGCAUGCGUCAAAAAGCCGUCAAGAAUGCCUCGUCGUUGUGCAGGAACCAAAACGUGGACUACGAGUUCAAUUCAGUGCCGGGAACACAGAUUGAUUUGGUUAAAUGGGGGCUGGAAACGGUGCCCAAUAGCACAAGGGAUCUGCUCCAGCUGAUGCCCCUCGAUGUGGAUCAUCUGAAACAAGCAGGGCUCAAGACACAGCCAAGCCAGCCCAUACUCAAGCUGAAGCAGGAACAGCUUUUCAAUGCGCCAUCCGAACUGGAGGAUUCCGACUCUCUACUCAUAAACGCUGGCACCCAAACGGACGUCAAGCCUCACAUGGAGAGCGUCGGCACUCAGGUUAAACUGACGGGCCAGCCGAUAGGCCCCUUCUGGCACGAUAUACACUUUGACCCGACCGUUUUGACGAGGACCCAGUUGUAUUAUAUAUUUUCUCUGAAACAGCUCAUGCGGACCCAGCCAAGUCAUGCGGAGGCCGCAAGAAUCUACAAAGUCCUUCAAACUGCUCUGGAUAUCCAACGCGAAUACCAUCCACGCAAUUGA